AUGCUACAGGAUGCACAAGGCACACCGACUCGGAAUGAGCGGCAAGGGUCCGACCGCCAGGCUCGAAGUGCUUCUCGACAGCUCUUCCCUCCACUUCCCGACUCCUCGCCUUCGUACCGCGAUUUCGGCAUGAUCUGUACUGAUUGUUCGCACUUCAAAGCUCUGCAUUUCGUCCAAGAACGCAUCGUGAGAAGUUCUGCGGCAAGGCCGAUGUUUUCCACAUGCUGCGGGAAGGUAAAGCUGUCAUUGCCCCUUCUUCUCGACCCUCUAGCUCUUCUGCGCUCUCUUCUCAUCGAUGAUACUCCAAGGUCCCGCCGAUUCCGUAAGAACAUUCGAGCAUACAAUGCAGCGCUGUCUAUGGCAUCCGUGGUAGCCAUAUGGGUGAACAGAGGGCCCGGCCCUUCCAAUUUUAACCCCACAAUGACGACGCAGGGCGAGAUGUACCAUUACAUGGGUCCCAUGAUGCCAUCCGAGGGGCGGGCGCCUUCCUACGCUUCCGUUUACAUUCACGACACUGACUACGCCACCCAGACGCGUACAAGGCUUGAAAACUCUAGACGACUGGAAGAGGCAUUGAUGACGCAACUAACGCACAUGCUGCACGAAUGCAACCUCUACGUGCAAACAUUUCUGUGUAUGCGAGAAUGGGCUCAAUCUCCUCACAACAAAACUCCAGCCUCGUACCAGAUGGUCAUCCAUGCCGACCGAAGGCCAAGUCAUGAGCACGUGCGCCGGUACAAUGGUCCCGAAGCUUCUGAAGUGGCUGCAUUGAUCCCUGGAAAUGAAGACGGAGAGAUUGGGCGAAGAGAUAUCGUCGUUCGCAGGCGAGGGGCUCUGAACAGUAACGGGAACGAAGUACGUACCAAGAUUACUCCGAUGAUGUUCUACGGAUGGCAUUUGUUCGAAAGGGGAGGCGAGGUCAGCACGAUCUUACACGCAGCUCGACUCUUUCAGCAAUAUUUAACACAGCUUCGAGCGGCGGACUACACCUCACUGCGCGACAGCCUAGGAGACUCCGGUCGUGCUGAAGAUGAAGCCGACGCUGUACGGGCAGGACGACUAUUCAUUCUCCCUUCUACGCACAUCGGAUGUGACCGCUACAUGAGGCAGCAGAUGCACGACAUGAUUGCUAUAUCUAACCAAAUUGGCCACCCGGACAUCUUCCUCACCAUGACAUGCAAUCCUAGCUGGCCGAAGAUCACAAGAGCCCUGCUGCCCAAUCAAACUCCUCAGGACACACCCGAUCUGUGCGCACGUGUGUUUCGUCUCAAAAUGAAGGAUCUCAUGUCCUUGGUCGUGCUUAAGCAUAUGAUUCACAAUCCAUGUGGAGAAAACAAUCCAACAGCCGUGUGCAUGGGCGAGCAGUACUGCAGGAAAAGGUUUCCGAACCCGUUCAAACACGAAACCAGCCAGUCCGAAAGUGGCGUCUCCAUCGAGCGUCACUCCCGUAAUGGCCGACGACAGAAAUCCGUCGUGGUCGACAACUCCUGGGUCGUGCCCCACAGUCCUCUGCUUCUAAGAUCUUUCGCUUGCCAUUUGAAUGUGGAACUCUGCGUGUCACGCGUUGGCGGAAUCAAGUACCUCUUCAAGUAUGUGUGCAAGGGACGAGACCCAGUGACCAUGGAAAUCACUGCCAAAAAGGAGUGCUACGACGAGAUCUCCAACUUCCAAGAUGCCAGAUACGUGUCUGCAUCGGAGGCCGCAUGGAGGUUAUUCUCCUUUGAUAUUGUGGAUCGCAAUCCUCCAGUGGUCAGACUUUCAGUGCAUCUGCCCAACCACCAUACGUUUUACUUUGAGGAAGGACGAGAGCAGGAGGCGGCGCUUCGACCGGCAUCAGGUACGAAGCUGACCCAGUGGUUUAAAGCCAACGAAAAGUACCCAAGCGCGAGGCAUAUUCGGUACCACAAGUUUCCAAAGUACUUUACGUGGAAGACAAGCAGCAAGUCAUGGACCUACGAUUACAGUGGCACAGGCGCCAACGUAGUCGGUCGAAUCUAUACUGUCAGUCCGAGGGAGGGUGAGCGCUACUUUCUUCGCCUCCUCCUCACACAAGUGCCGGUGGCAACAUCAUUCGAGAACUUGCGAAACAUCGACGGCGAGCAGUGCACCAGCUUCCGACAAGCUUGCUUACGACUUGGUUUGCUGGCCAACGAUGCCAAGUGGAAGCACGCCAUCCGAGAUUCAUUCCGGUCAAGCUUCGUUCCCCUUUCUCAUCUGUUCGCUACGAUUUUGGCACAUUGCCAACCUUCGGAUCCUCUCUUGCUGUGGAACGACCACCUGCACAUGUUUCUCACCGAUAUUCGCAAUCGCGCACGCAGACAACCCAUUCGAAGACAGAAGCUUCGCGAUGAUAACCACGCCACAUCUUACGUGCUUGGGGAGGUACAAGAGGCCCUGCAGACGGUGCGCGUAUCCGUCUCGGCAUUGCUUCAAAGAUCCUCAAGCGCCGUUGCGGGACCUUCUAUGCCAACACAAAGUCGUCGUCUCUUCUUCCUCGAUGCUUCUGGCGGAACAGGCAAAACAUUCGUGCUCAGCACCAUUCAAGACUUCCUUCGUUCGCGCCGCAAGAAAGUCAUCGCCGUCGCUACAUCUGCUGUUGCUGCAGUGUUGCUCGACGGUGGACGCACCGCUCAUUCCGUGUUCAAGAUUCUCAUUCCUGUAUCUGCCGAAAGCACUUGCAACUUCUCCACAAACUCUGAUACCGGUCGUACAUUGCAACAAGUCGAUCUUAUCAUAUGUGACGAGAUCGUCAUGUGCCUUCGAAACUGCAUUGAGACUAUCGAUCGCUCCCUUCGCGACUUGAUGCAAACCGACCGGCCCUUCGGAGGAAAGUUCCUUGUGCUCGCUGGAGACUUUAGACAAAUCCUUCCCGUCGUUUCGGACGGGUCCAGAGGUCAAAUCGUGAGCGCGUGCGUCAAAUCUUCCCCGCUGUAUCGAGAGUGCCGAUUCCUGUGCCUUACCGAGAACAUGCGCCUCGCUGCACUCCAAGCGGACCCUGCAGCAGAUGUGGAGGCUCUCAACUUCCCACAGUUCCUCCUCAGCGUCGGGGAAGGCAGACUUCAAUGCGAGCAGCGCCCGGAAUGGAUCUCACUACCACAGCCCGUAGCGUUCGAGCACGCCAUCCGCAAUUUAUGCCUCAAGGUCUCCCACGGCAUUCGAGACAAUCACGCCGACCCUACAUGGCUCACCAAUCGCGUUAUACUCACCACAAACAACAGACCGCUCGAGCAGGUCAACGAAGUCAUCAGCAACAUGAUUCCGGGACCGUAUCGAACAUAUUUAAGCCCAGACAAGGUCGAGAGCGAAGACACCAACGCACUGAUCUAUCCCACGGAAAUGCUCAACACCUUGACGGCCGGGUCUGCUCUACCAGACCACAAGCUCACGCUCAAGAAAAGUGUCAUCGUCAUGCUUCUGCGCAAUCUCGAUCCCACUUCCGGUCCCGUCAACGGCGCCCGAUAUAUCAUCGAGAAAAUGACCAACAACUUACUCUUUCUACGCGUUACCUCGGGGUCACAUGAAGACAACAGACUCUGCCUUCCACGAAUGCCUUGCGGACCAGGCGAUGACAACUUGCCCAUCCCUGGCUUUAUUCGAACGCAGUUCCCCAUUCGCACGUGCUUCGCCCUUACAACGAACAAAGCCCAAGGCCAGUCCUUCGGUGGCCGCAUUGGUCUCGACCUACGAGAUCAUUGCUUCUCGCACGGUCAACUCUACGUCGCAUUAUCGAGGACUACUCACCCAAGCAACGUCACUAUCCUCACUCGAGAGUCCGAUGCAACAACGCGAAACGUAGUGUACCCCGAGGUCCGGCAGUAG